AUGGGUAGAUGGAACUCCACCAGUGUGCCUGGCUUCAUCCUUAUGGGGCUGACGGACUCUGCAGAGACACAGCUGGUCCUCUCCAUGCUCUUUCUCCUGAUUUACCUGAUCACGGUGCUGGGGAAUAUGGGGAUGAUACUGAUCCUUCGCCUGGAUCCCCGGCUUCACACCCCCAUGUACUUUUUUCUCACACACCUGUCAUUUCUCGACUUCAGCUACUCAAGUGUCUUCACCCCUAAAACCUUACAGAGCUUACUGACUUCUACCAAGAGCAUCUCCUUCCUGGGCUGCUUCAUCCAGAUGUUCUUUUUCAUCCUCUUGGCUGCCACUGAAUGUUUUCUUCUCUCCUCAAUGGCCUAUGAUCGCUAUGUUGCCAUCUCUUGCCCUCUGCACUAUCAACUCAUUAUGUCCACAAGACUGUGUCAUGCCCUGCUUGCUGGGUCCUAUGUUAUUGGCUUUGUGGAUUCCAUUGUCAAUGUGAUUUGUAUAAGCAGAUUGCACUUCUGCAAGUCUAAUGUCAUACAGCACUUUUUCUGUGACACAUCCCCAAUUUUAACCCUGUCUUGCAGUGACACAUUUGUGGUUGAACUCAUUUUAUUCAUUUGUGCUGGCUCCACCAUAGUGUUGUCCCUCAGCAUCAUAUCAGGAUCCUAUCUGUCCAUCCUCUCCACUAUCCUGAAAAUUAAUUCCACUGCUGGAAAGAAGAAAGCCUUCUCCACUUGUGCCUCCCACCUUAUGGGAGUCAUCAUCUUCUACAGCACUAUGAUCUUUACUUAUCUAAAACCCAAGACAUCCUACUCCUUGGGAAAGGACCAGGUGGCUUCUGUGUUUUACACAAUUGUGAUCCCCAUGCUGAACCCUCUCAUUUACAGUCUCAGAAACAAAGAGGUGAAAAGUGCUGUGGUUAGAAUCACAAAAAGAGAGAGCUGCAGGCAGUUGAUAUCACAGUGGUGCUAA